AUGCCAUCCAACCUCACUCCGUCGUCCCAACAACGUCACAGUGUACCCGACAACCAGUGGAUUGAUCCUCCCAUACUCGCAAGCGGUGAUUCAUACAGUAAAGAAUCCAUGAACCUCCCUGUUCUCGAUACAAGUCUGGAUCAGGUAUCAGAAAAUGAUUACGACCAAUUCAGUACUCCAUUGGAUCUAGAAGUAGUUGCGAGCAUAACCCGCCUCAUCGAAGAGAUUCUUGACUCCCAGUAUGCAGUUCAAAAUCAGAUGGGUGAUGCAGCCGGUGAUCCCACUCUGGAUAUAUUGCCAGUGGCGAGCGACCUGGAUUAUCAAGACAGUCGCUCAUCGGUGUCUCUCCCUGCUGAACCAUUACUGGCUUCAAUGACCCCAGUCAAUCAAGACAGUUAUCAUACGGUUCAUGGGGCGAUCGAGGAUUCAUUCCAUCCUCCAGGCAUCAAUCCAUCACCUCAUAUCCCGAUGGGCGCUUUCUCGGGCGCGUGGAGACGUGAUGAUGAAAGGGCGUUGAUGGGACAUGCUGGACCGUCUCGGAGCGACAAGCAAUAUUACGACCAUACCCAGCCACUUAACGAGCAGGGUAUGGCGCUGCAACAGAUAACCGCCGGGUCUUUGAGCGGCGGACUGUUUCCAUCAGAAAGCUAUCCAUCUACAUAUCGGCAGGCCACACAAUUGCCACACACGAUGGGCACAGCAUACUCUGUCCCUCCUCAGCAAAGGUUGGACGUCACAGGGGAUUCCUUUUAUCCUCAGAUUAGUGAACCCACAUACCCAAUUGACAAGUGGGAUGCUAUACCAGCGCAUGGCAAUAGAAUGCCAUCGCUUAUUUCACAGUCCGAAAUAGGAUACGAACAUCUUCAACAGGGCGUAUCAUAUCACAGAACAAGGACAGCACAAGCUGUAACGGGCGGUUCAAACAACCACCAUCCAACUGCAUCCUUCACCUUGGAAAGAGAGGAGAAGAGAUCCCAACUAAUAUCCAUCAAUGAUGGUUAUGACAUCGGCUCCGGGCCCAGCAAUGGGCACGUAGAGCAACCUAUCAAUGAUCCCCAGACAUAUGAUGGAAGGGGAAGUGAGCAGCCAGCUUUCAAGCGCGGCGAAGACAUUGGCAGGGCUGGGAGCAUGUCUCGAAAGAGACAGUACGAAAACUCGGGCACAGAGAGCGAGUCCGCGGAGAGCUCCCGGAAGAUCAAGAGAGCCAAGGGCACCAAAUCUGAGUCCACAGAUUUGGUGCCGAACUUCAGGGACAUGGAAGAGGCGGCAGGGGCACCGGUACCCAGGCAAUUGAAGCCAAAGGUGCCAAAGAUGAUGAAGGCAUACUCCCAUGCCAUUGUCAAAUUGGAGACUCCUGACUCAAAGGGUAAAGGCCGAAAAUGGCACUUUGUGCCAACCGGUUCAAGUGAGAGCGAGGAAGCUGCUAGUAAGGCUUUUGGCAGUGGCCAACAGUCCAUUAGCAUGGACAAUGUAAGAGUAGAGACCGGUCGCCCAGACCUAUCUAAACCAAAGCGGACGCGGCGAUGUGAAAAGUGA